UUUUCCCGGCCCUUCCUCUUCCCUGUUUCAUCCCCUUCCCGCAUUCGCAGCGCUUCUCCCAAUCCAAAUCCAAUUCUCUCUCCUCCUCCUCCGUCCUCAUGGAUUCGUAGUCUUGCUCGAAGGAAGAGGGACCAGGAAGGCAUAACAUAGAUACCAAAGAAGGAGAUGGAGAGCUCCAACUGCAUGGGACUCAUGGUGGUCGUCGCCGUCUCCAGCAGCGUCGCCCUCGUCGUCCUCCAGAUCCACAAGCGCCUCGCCUCCGAUUUCAUCAAGAAGCUCGAAUCCGAAAUCGGUCGUGAAAGGAACAGGCCGAAGAAGAAGGUGAGGUUUGCCCCCGACGUGAUGGAGCCGUCGUCGAACAAUAAGGAGUAUCGGAGGCGUAGGAUGAUGUCGUCCCUGUAAAGUAUCGGUGGAGUUGGCCGAGAUUUUGUUGUACAAAGUAACAAAAAUACACUACUUUUUUGUGGAAUAUUUUGUUAUAGGGCAAAUCGGAAGGAUUAGUCUGUUCUGUAUCUGAAUCCUCUUAGAUUCAUGUCCCUGUCAAUACGCCCACACCUACAUGUUGAAGGCAACAGCUUUGUGCCAUCUGCUGAAUCAUAGCUGCGACUGUGGAUUCCCUGGAUUCAA